UGCCAACAAACCAGAGUAGUUUCUGUGGUCAUCCUGAAAUGAACACUGGCAAGUGGCGACUACAGUUAAUAAAGGGAUCCAAAUGAGCAACAAUCCCAAAAGAAGAUACAGGGAAAAUGUCAAGUUUUCUUGUUAUGAGUUUCGUAGUGCCAGACGAUGUUUCCUGGCUUUGGCAUACAUGGUUGCUCAUUAUCUUACCCAUCUCCCUCACUGCGCUAUUCAAAUGGUAUUCCAAUCCUGCAAUCAGCAAAACCUCACUCCCUUCUCCGCCAAAAUUCCCAAUCAUAGGAAAUCUCCAUCAACUAGGCUUCUAUCCUCAUCGUACACUCCGAUCUCUAGCUCAGAAGUAUGGCCCCUUGAUGCUUCUUCAUUUUGGUAAGAAACCAGUACUCGUGGUCUCUUCUGCAGAGGCUGCUUGCGAGAUCAUGAGAACCCAUGAUCUCACAUUUGCAAACAGGCCUAGAGGUAAAAUGUUUGAGAUACUAUUAUAUGGCCAGAAGGAUGUGGCAACAGCUCCGUAUGGAGAAUACUGGAGGCAGAUAAAGAGCAUAUGUGUGUUGCAUCUUCUCAGUAACAGAAAGGUUGAAGCUCUUCGUGGUGUGAGAGAGGAAGAAGCUGACAUCAUGAUGGAAAAGAUCAGGCAUGCUUCUUCCGCAAACAAGCCGGUGAAUUUGAGCGAGUUAUUUUCCAAAAUUACAAACGAUGUGAUUUGCAGGGUGGCUUUGGGGAAGAAAUAUGGAGAGGGAAGUGAGGACAGGAAUUUUAAGGAGAUUCUUGUGAAGUUGACAGAGCUAUUGGGUGCUUUUGUGGUAGGGGACUAUAUACCUUGGCUUGAUUGGCUUGGUGAUGUUAGUGGCUUAUAUGCAAGAGCACGUACAAUGGCUAAAGACUUGGAUCGAUUUUUGGAGGAAGUAGUUGAAGAGCACAUGAAUCGUCCAAAAGAAGCCAUUGAUACCAUAAAACGUGAUGAUGAUUUUGUGGACGUUUUGCUUUCUAUUCAAAGGAGUAACUCUAUUGGCUUUCCUAUUGACAGAAGUGCCAUAAAAGCUUUGAUCUUGGACAUGUUUGUUGCGGGCACAGACACCACGUCAACAGUUCUAGAAUGGGCAAUGACAGAAUUGUUUAGGCAUCCAAAUGUUAUGAAGAAACUGCAAGACGAAGUCAGAAAUGUGGAUAGAGAUGGAUCACACAUAACAGAGAAGGAUAUAGACCAGAUGCCCUAUGUUAAGGCAGUUUUGAAAGAAACACUUCGCUUGCAUCUCCCAGUACCUCUACUAGCCCCUCGAGAAAGCAUGCAAGAUAUGAAAGUUCAGGGCCAUGACAUUGGAGCUGGAACACUAGUAAUAGUGAAUGCUUGGAAAAUAGCAAGAGAUGGCAUGUAUUGGGAGGAUCCUGAAGAGUUUAAACCAGAAAGGUUCUUGGAUAGUUCUGUGGAUUAUAAAGGACAUGAUUUCCAGUUCACCCCAUUCGGAGCGGGAAGAAGGGGUUGUCCUGGAGCACAAUUUGCAAGAGCCUUGGAUGAACUUGUGCUAGCAAACAUGGUCUUUCAUUUUGAUUGGGCUUUGCCUAAUGGAGAGACAGGGGAAGCCUUGGACAUGUCUGAAACAGCUGGCCUUGUCAUACAUAGAAAGAUACCUCUUGUGGCAGUUGCAUCACCCUGCAACUAAUAAACCCAUAGUUUUAUACCAAGUGAACCAAGCAACCAACCUUCCCUCCUUUCAACUUUUUUUAUUUAACGUUGUACUUGCCUCCUGUUAGGAAAUGAAAUUCAUAUAUAUAGUAUAUGGUAAUAAAAUAUAGCUUUGUGGGCAAGACAUGAUGAUAUAAAUAA